AUGGACCCGUUCCAACUAGACGAGAACCAGCUAGAAGAAUUCUACAAUCUGAGAACGUUGAACCCAACAACUUCGUGGAUUGAGGAUUCCACUACAUUAAUAAACCUAGAUAAGUGGCAAGACACCUCGCCUACACUGGAUAACUCAUAUGACAUCCUUAAGGAUCUGAUUUCACAACAGCGGUCAUCCUCAGAGAGGGAACUGGAGUCGUUCUUGAAGGACCCCUCUUUGAUCGAGACGAUUAACGAUCCCCUUACGAAUGAACCUAUGUCUGAGAAAUUAAACCAAUUGGGAGUUGCAACUGGUGCAAGUGAUGCUGUAUUAAAGUAUUUGAUUAACAGUAAGAAGUUUAAUGUCAAAUCAUUUUUAAGAGAUAUUCACAACUUGGAUUCAUUUAGUGAUUUGAGUAAUGAAUUGGAUAAUUUGGAUCAAUUGAUUCAAGUACAAUCAGGUGACAUGAAGAAUUUAGUGGAGGAGAAUUUCACUAAAUAUGUGAGGAUUAAGAAUCGAUUAGAUAAAAUUUAUAAUCAAUUUGGUGAAAUGAAGGGGAAUGAAUCUUUAGAUGUGGAUAGAUUGAAUGAAAAAGUAGAUGAAUCUAUAAGAAUUACAAAUUUGAAAUUGAAACCUUUAAUUGAUACUUCUAAAAAGAUUGAAAAUUUCAAAUCUGGAAAAAGAUUUAUUGAGGAGAAUAAGAGAUUUUUCAACUUACCAAGAGAAUUGAAGAAAAAGUUGAUUCACAAAGAUUAUUCCAGUUUCAUAAUAGAGUACACUAAUGGAUUAAAACUUUAUCAGGAAUUCAAAGUGAGAAGCGACAAUGCAGGCAAGAGCUUGAGAAGCAUUGAAUUCAUCUGGAAUGAAGUGGAAAAUAUAAUGAAACUAUAUAAGGAACAAAUUUGGGAGAAACUAUUGGAUCCAUCAUCGAAAUUGGAAUCACAAGAAUAUUUCCUACCUUUAUUUUCAAAACUUUUAGAUUUGGAUAAUACUGAGGAGAAUCCUAUAACUAAGUGGAUAUUUAUGCAAUUGAGCACUUUAGAAACUGAGUUGAAAGAAUGUUCCACCAAUAUGAUUUCAAAAAUUCUAAGUUCGCAAAAGAAUAUAUUGGAUAACGCAGAUACAGAGGAACCAGUGAAUAUGACUCCAUAUCUUUCAAUAAACCAAUUUUUCCAACAAUCAAACCAGACUACGUUGGCCUCAGUUGUUUCCGCCGUAGAUCCAUUCCAAGAUUUAACCGAUUUUCCUAACAUUGUUGAAAUGUGGUUACUAAUAUUAAAGUAUAUUAAUCAGGUGGAUGAUAUUUGUAAUAAAUUUAUUGAACUCUGGGAUCAUAUAGAAAAAUUCCUAGAUGGUACUUAUCAGAAUAUGUUAUUAAAUGAUAAGAGGAAAGAUAACAUUUUAAUUGGUGAUUCGAAUACUAUGGAAAGUUACAAAUUUAUUUUGAACUUAGAUCAAGAUGUCAAAGUAAAAAUCAGAACAAAUGGUGAAACUUUCAUUAAAUUAGUGUCUGAAAAACUAAAAGUUUUCUUCAACUCGUCACAAGAAUCACUGCCUAUGAUGAAACCUGCGGAAAAGGAAUCUGGACUUCCAUCAGAUUACGGAUUCGUACCACCUAAUGCUAAUGGACUAAGCUCGUUGAGGUAUUUACCUAAGAUAAUGAAACCAUUAUUAGAGUGUAGUACACAAUUGGCACAACUGAACAUUACUCCAAAAUCUGUGGAUAUACUAAGAAACUUAGCGUCCAUUAUAAUUUCUAGAUGUGUUGGUUUGAUUUCCUCAAUUAAAUUAAGAGAUAUCUCAAACUUUUACAAGCUAGAAAAUUGGGACGUUUAUAAGACGGGUUCAGAUAGAGACUCCAACAUAGAAUAUGAAAUCACUCAAUUCCCUGAAAUUGUUCGUUGCUUCCAAGAGUAUAGUUUAAGUAUUAUCAGAGAUUUCCUAUUCUCAUUCGAAAGGCUGCCCGUCUUGAAUGGUAUAUCAAUCGUUAGCUAUCCUUCCAAACAACUGUUGACCGGUGUUGAGAUUCAACAAAUUAUAUCUUUAGAAGCUGUGCUAGAAUCCAUAUUGAAAAAUGCUGCCAAGGACAAAGAUAACCCAAGAAGUGCACAUACUAUCCUAACUUUGACUAAUUUGCAGUAUAUUCGUGAAGUAACUUUCCCACAAAUUCUUCAAUAUUUUGAUGAUGCAUUUGAGGCCAGAAUUACGGAAAAACCACUAGAAAUAUUUAACUUACUGUCAAAAAUGGAAAGUUCCAUUUUUGGAAAUUAUCUAUCUGAUUUGAAGAUUACGUUAAGGGAUAUACUAGAGGAGAAAUUUAAGGAAAUUGACUGGCCAGGCUUUACAUCAAAUUCAUUUAGAGCUGGUGAUUAUAUAUUGGAAGCCUUGAUGUUAUUAGUGACCAUCCACAGUGAAUGCUUUAGAAUUGGACCUCAGUUAAUCAAUAAGAUAAUAAAGGAAACUCAAAUAUUUAUUGCAAGAUAUUUGUUUGAAGCGUUCAAGCCAUAUAUUGGUAAUCUAUCGUCUGAUGGACUGUUGCAAGUUACUGUAGAUCUACAAUUUUUCCAAAAAGUUCUGGGUCCACUGCUAGAAAAGGAUACACAAGCCACAUUAACUGCAUGUUUACAGAAUUGUUUCCAAAAUGAUAUUACGAGAAUGAACCGUUGUAUUCAAGAAACAGAACCAAUUGUAAGCGCCAAUUUUACCAGAACAAGCAUUCAGUUUGCUGCUUUCCACUGA